AUGGUCGUGCCUCAGGGUUCUGUCACAAAGCCGUGUAUUAUGGCACAUACACCGCUAAAAUCGUUCACGAUAAACUCUAUCUUACCAGAAACGGCGCUAGAUGUUCGUGAAACUUCUGAGCCUGAAGAUGAGUGCUGCAUGAAGCAAGAGACUUUGUCGGAUGCGGAAGUGAGUGAUUGUGAUUCGGACUUGGACGUUACCGGUACUACCCCGCCUCUGGAUUGCUCUAACAAGUCGGCUGAUGAAGAGGAAAGCCAAAAAGACGGAAAAGAGAAGAAACAAAAUGAAAAGCCUCCUUAUAGUUACAACGCGCUAAUAAUGAUGGCAAUAAGGAACAGCCCCGAAAAGCGGUUAACACUCAACGGCAUUUACGAAUACAUAAUGAAAAAUUUCCCCUAUUACAAGGAUAAUAAACAGGGGUGGCAGAACUCCAUUAGGCACAAUCUAAGUCUCAAUAAAUGCUUCGUAAAAGUUCCGAGACACUACGACGAUCCUGGAAAAGGCAACUAUUGGAUGUUGGACCCGUCUGCCGAAGAUGUUUUUAUUGGUGGCACCACUGGCAAACUUAGAAGACGAUCCACAGCUGCCUCCCGAUCACGACUAGCAGCCUUUAAACGAACUCUAUCAUUAUACUCACCCCUUCAAACCUGUUAUCCAGGUUUCUAUCCUCCUUCCCCUGCGCUUUUGGCUGCAGCAUACUCUCGGUAUAACCCUUACCUUCACACUCCAGCUGCGACAAAUUUCCUUCCGCGUCCCACUCCCAUACAACCACAAAACCUAGGGAUCAAUCCUUCUGCGAUGGAUAUCAACACAACGCCGUUGUUUAGGCCACCGCACCCCUUAUUUGAAAUGUACAACAACUUACGUUUAGCAGUGCCUUUGCAAUAUCCUUUGCAGAUACCUGGAUUGGCUGGCGUCAGCAACUUAAACACCUUAAGUAAUUUGAAUCUCCCGUCGUCGAGUUGUUCUAGCCCCCAAGAACCCAGGUCAUCAGGCGAAGGACUAUUGAAACCGGUGACUGUUAUAACUAGGAAUAAUUGA